AGCUCUCACUCUCAAGCUCUCCCUCUCUCCUGUGUUCUCAUCAAUGGCGGACGAAGUGGAGAUGUUCUUCUUCCCCUUCGUGGGAGGAGGCCACCAGAUCCCUAUGAUCGACGUCGCCCGCCUCUUCGCCUCCCACGGCGUCAAGUCCACCAUCGUCGCCGCCCCUAACAACGCCCUCUCCUUCCAACGCUCCGUCACCCGCGACCGAGACUCGGGUCGGCCCAUCUCCAUCCACCCCCCUCGACUUGCCCCCGGAUCCGAGCCGCCCGACUCCGACAUGUCCGCCGCCCCCUUCACCGACACCUCCAUGCUCCGGGAACCCCUCAAGCUCUUGCUCAUUGCGAGGCGACCCGAUUGCAUCGUCGUCGACACGUUCCACCGGUGGUCGGCCGACGUCAUUGACGCGGUGGGAGUUACCAGGAUCCUGUUCAAUGGGAACGGAUGCUUCUCUCGGUGCGCUCAGGAAUUAAUGCGGAUUCACAAGCCUCACGAGAUGCUGGAAUCCGAAUACGAGCCGUUUGAGAUUCCGGGCAUGCCGGACAGGAUCGUGAUGACAAGGUCGCAGCUUCCGCAUUUUCACAAGCAGCCAGGGGGCGGGCAGCCGCCGGGUCGGAUGCGGAACUCGGAGGAGAGGAGUCUUGGGGUUGUUGUAAAUAGCUUUCUUGAUCUGGAACCGGCUUAUGUGGAGUAUUUCAAGAAGGAGAUGGCGAAGAAAGCUUGGGUGGUCGGACCAGUGUCGCUGUGCAAUAGGAAUGUGGAGGAUAAGGCCGAGAGAGGGCAACAAGCGGCCAUUGAUAAGCGCAGUUGCUCGAGUUGGCUCAAUGCUAAAGAACCCAAAUCUGUUCUUUAUGUCAGUUUUGGGAGUUUGGCCAGGUUGACCCCAAAACAGCUCCUUGAGAUUGCUCAUGGCCUCGAGGCCUCGGGCUGUUCGUUCAUUUGGGCGGUUGGGAAAGUCUUUGAGCCCUUGGAAAAUGGCGACGGGGGCCGAGAGGAUUGGCUUCCGAGUGGGUUUGAAGAGAGAUUGAAGGAGUCCAGGAGGGGGUUGAUUAUCAGAGGAUGGGCACCGCAGCUGUUGAUUCUUGAACACCCUUCGGUGGGUGGGUACAUGACUCACUGUGGGUGGAACUCGACCCUGGAGGGUGUGAGCGCCGGCGUCCCGAUGGUCACUUUCCCGCGUUCAGCCGAGCAGUUUUUCAAUGAGAAGUUUGUCACCGAUGUGUUGAGGAUUGGGGUCCAGGUCGGUAGCAUGGAGUGGACAUCUUGGAACACCGAGCCGGGGCCGCCAGUGGGCAGGGAGAAAGUGGAGGCGGCUGUGAGGAAAUUGAUGGAUGGAGGAGAGGAGGCAGCGGAGAUGAGGAGAAGAGCCGGAGAUCUUGGAGAGAAGGCCAAGAGAGCGGUUGAAGAAGGCGGGUCAUCGUAUGGAGAUGCUGAGGCCUUGAUUCAAGAGCUCAAGUCUCGCAAGAAGGCCUAAGUUCGAAGUGAUCGAGUCGGUAAUACAUUUUCCCAGUGUACAACACGAUAUCGGCCUUGCGGGUCUGUGACAUUACUGCGCUUAUUAAUGACCAGCUAAAAAGGAAUUGUGUAGUUUCAGAUUAGUAGUUACCAGCUCCAGAGAAAGGAGAAGAACAUUGCUUCUAUGUAUUCAAUGGCUGCAGGAGGCAUAUUCUAUCAUCUCCCCGUCUAUAAUUAUCAAAUCAAGCCCCCGAAAUGGCAUCUUCAA